UUGGGACCCAAGCUCUGCCGGCGGUUCUAUGAGCCUAUCGUGCUGCUUGCCGGCUUGAAUAAGGCAGUUCCCCAUAGCACACCGGUGGCUACAGCCACACGAAUUGAAGUCACGCAAGGCCCAGAGCAAUCGUUCCAUUGCUUUAUCAACAAACUUUCCCAGGUGUGCGACAACAUUCGGGGUGGGCCUACCGUAACCUCCUUCACUGUGCUGCAAGAGCCGGACAAGGUGGUCUACGUCUUUGCCUCAAACCGUAGAAAGCAAGAUGAGCUUGACGUGACCAAAGAGUUCAUUAUUUCCAUACUACAGCAAUUAGGCGAGGCGUCUAUUGAGACAGAGGGCAAAACUCGAGAGGCAUUCACGACUCUUCUUUACCCCAUCUUGGCCUUCAAUCGACUGCGGAUUGAAUUUUACGUUGACAAGCUCUCCAAGGAGCUUGAGAAGUGCAAACAAGUGUGUCAUCGGGGAACAUCACAAGACGACCCGUCCUUGUUGGAUUCUCUCCAACAACUGGGCGAUAUCGCUUCCUACCACACACGGUCGGACUUGAGUGAUGGAGAAUUUGUUCGGUCGAGCGAGACGCUCCUCACGGCCAUCAACCAUCUUUACGAGUCGUGGCUUGGCAACGUCAUUAGAGACAGGGCCAAGGAAGGUAGGAUGGACAUGGUCGAGUGUUGGGUUGGACUUCGUCACUAUGCCGGCCGGCUGCUGUCUCUGUAUUUUGCCGCCCAAGAUCUCUUGUACGCACGUCGUGCGUGGCCGGAGCUGUUCCUGGAUUUCGAAGUCAAAACCAUACCAUCCAGCGAGGCGGCCGCCAACCCGAUGAAGAAAAAGUCCGCCUCCGCAAAUGAGCUCAUUGGUCGUAUCAUGAGUGAUCCCGACGAAAUCGAGAGAUAUCGAGAGCUUGCCCGUGAGUUACAGAAGUGUAAUCUGGACGAGCUUAUCCGACAACAGUGCACGAGGACCACCUUCAAACCAAUCGCUCACGCCGAAGUUCUGGUACUCAACUGGCUCAAGACCAACGGCUACACCCGCCCAGAUCGCUUCUUCGAAGGUUGGAAAUAUAUCGGAGCGAGCAAGCCCACCUGCCGCCUAUGCUCGUACUACUUCCACGCCAACUCGGAUGGCAUCCAAUGCCGGCCGUCACACGGGAAUCUCUACCCCAACUGGAGAGUCUGCGACGUUUACCGAGACCAGGGAGACAGGGCAACCGUGGACAGGGAAAAAGUACUUAACGGCAUCCUCGAACGGAUACGCGACGAUGCGUGUCGCACGCUUCGUGAAAAGACCUCGGACGGGAAAAGAUAUGACUCCAACACAUACUCGGCCCGACUG